GCCAUGUCACUCCUGUGCCCGCUGUUGCUGGCUCUGGCCCUGGUGGCCAUCCCAGGUGCCCGCGGUGCUUGCCCGGAGCCCGCAAGCCUGAAGCUGGACGAUGGGACGCGCACGUGCGCCAAGAUCUAUGACAAGAGUGAUGCCUACUAUGACAAUUGCUGCCAGGGGGCAGAGCUGUCCCUGGAGCCGGGAACCGACCUGCCUUAUCUGCCUUCGGACUGGACCAACAGGGCAUCAUCUCUGGUGGUGGGCCAGCGCUGCGAGCUCACUGUGUGGUCUCAGCCUGGCAAGCAGGGCAAGUCGCGCAAGUUCUCUGCUGGCAGCUACCCACGCCUGGAAGAGUACCGCAGAGGCCUCUUCGGAGACUGGUCCAACGCCAUCUCUGGCCUCUACUGCAAGUGCUCUUGAUGCCUCGAGGGCCUGUGAUCU